UGGAAACGAGACGCUUAGUAGCACAACACCUGCGGCCUGCAUGCGUCUCUCUGAACGGGAAGUCAGUGCAUAAUCGGGAACCUACGGAUCGGAGAAGAAGACAGUUUAGUUUGACUUCUGUAAAGACUGCCUUGAAGCCAUGCCUCUUCCAGAUACCAUGUUUUGUGCACAGCAAAUUAAUAUUCCACCUGAGCUCCCAGAUAUCUUGAAACAGUUCACAAAAGCUGCCAUCAGGACCCAGCCUUGUGAUGUGCUCCAGUGGUCAGCUGCGUACUUCGCCUGUUUAUCAAAAGGUGAGCCCUUACCUGUAAAAGAAAGGCUUGAAAUACCAGUGGCAACUCAAAAAACAGACACUGGGCUAACCCAAGGGCUUUUAAAGGUUCUACACAAACAGCUAUCAUCCAAGGCCAUUGUAAGUGAAACUGAUCUUGAAGAAAAAUGGAAAGAUCUCUGCUUACCUCAAGAGCAACUGCAAUGCAUUCUGACACUGGAUAACUUUGGAAAUGAAGUAGAAUGGAUGAAAUUUCUAGCUCUUGCCUGUAGCACACUUGGAGGGAGCAUAUCAUCUGCUCUGAAGCAUGCCUGUGAAAUACUGACAGAGGAUCCAGAAGGUGGUGCUGCUCGCAUUCCUUUUCAAACAUUCACUUUCCUAUACAAGUAUUUGGCCAGAAUAGAUGGAGAUAUUUCACAUACAAAAGUGGAAGAUGCACUCUUUGCUUUGCAGGCAGAUGCGAAUAAGCAAAAUCAAAUGAUCCAACCAAGAAACUUCUUGAGUGGGAUGUGUCCUCCACUUUCUUGAAUUACAUUUUCAAGCAGUUAUUGUUGAACAUUGAAAAAAAAGCUGAAUACAGAUUUUUUGUACAAAAUUAGAACAAAGCAGCAACUCACGAUCAAAUAUUUGUUCUAUUGCAUUUUUUAUGUUUUUUGUGUACAAAAUAAUUUUAAACUCCACAACUGGCAUGUUUAAUGCUGUCAAGUUGUUUGUUUUAAAUAUUUAUGUAUAGUAUAUUAGACCUAGCUAAUGUAAUAAAAGUUUGAAUCACG